AAUUGCAACUGGAUCCAUGCAUAUUAAUUAUUAAAUCGGCUUCGACUUCGAUAAAUGAAGCUCCAAACAUUUGAUUUGAUCUGUGCAUGCGCCAUUGAUUCUGAGAAAGAGAGAAACUAACAUGGCGUUGAAAGUAUAUGGUCAUCGAAUUUCUGAACCAUCUCGUGCUGUUAUCAUCUUCUGCAAGAUAAACAGGAUAGAUUUUGAGGAAAUUCAAGUAGAGGUCUUGAAAGGCCAGCAAUUCUCCAAAGAAUAUGGAGCAAUAACUCCCAUGCGCCAAAUUCCAGCAAUAGUUGAUGGACAUUUGAAGUUGAUUGAAAGUCAUGCGAUUCUUAUCCACUUAUGUUGUUCAUUUCCUGGAGUGGCUAGCCACUGGUAUCCUGGUGAUCCACAAAAAAGAGCUAAGAUCCAUUCCAUUUUAGAUUGGCAUCAUUCCCAUUUACGUCGUGGUGCAGCUGGACUUGUAUACACCACCAUCCUGGCACCUUUAAAUGAGCUCCGUUCGUUCCUUCAGAUAGUGAUUCAAGCUGAAGAGAUACUCCUGAGAUCUUUGUCUGAAUUAGAAAAUGUUUGGUUAAAAUUAGGAGAUGGAAGCUUUUUGGGUGGAAGCUCUCAACCAUCAAUUGCGGAUCUCAGUUUAUCAUGUGAAGUCAUGCAACUUGAGCUUUUGAGUGAGGAGGAUUACCAUCGUAUAUUAAGCCCUUACAAGAAAGUGAAAAAGUGGAUUGAAGACGUAAGGAAUGCGACUACACCUUAUUUUGAUGAAAUUCAUGAGUAUCUCUUUGAAUACCAAAAAAGAAUUCGAGAGCAAAUGGCAACACAAUCAGGGAAAAAUAAAGUGAGGGCCAAGAUGUGACAUCACUUAACCUUUAUUCCUUCAAUAAAAAAUUUCAAGAUUAUGUAACCAUCAUUAAAAUUUAAUUAGCUAGAUUAAUUAUUAUUAAGCGCAAACACACACAUCUUAGAUUCUUUAGCUACUUGGUAGAUAAAUGAAUGACUAAAAAAACUAUGACUAGAAAGGUUUUA